AUGUCUGGAACUAUUAGAGCUGUCAACAUCCGCAAUGGCAAGGGUCCUGCUGAGGCCUUGUUUAUUGACGAUACUGUCCCCAAGCCUACUCUCAAGGCUGGUCAAGCCCUUGUUGAGGUUAAGGCCUUUGGUUUAAACCGUAUGGACUUGGUUCAACGUAGCGCUUUCUACCCAAUACCUCCAGGAGCCUCUGAAAUUUUGGGUGUUGAGUUCGCCGGUGUUAUCAAGGAGAUCCACCCUGAGGGAACUUCCAACCUUGAUGAUGGUGCUGGUAAGAAGUUUGCUGUUGGCGACAGAGUAUUGGGCUUGAUCUCUGGUGGUGCUUACUCUGAGCUUGUCGCUGCUCCUCUUAAGACUUUGCUUCAUUUGCCAGAACAAAUGCCCUUCACUGAGGGUGCUGGUAUUCCUCAAGUCUGGUUCACUGCUUACCAAGUUCUUAAGGUUGUUGGUGGACUCAGCAAGGACCAAAGCUUGCUCAUCCAUGCUGGCGCCAGUGGUGUCGGUAUCGCUGCUAUCCAAAUCGCUCAAAUCAUCGGUGCCAGAAGAAUCUUUGCUACUGUAGGAUCUGAUGACAAGAAGGACUUCAUUGCCAACAAGCUCAGACUUAAGGGAACUGCCGAUGGUGUCAUUGUCCCUAUCAACUACCACACUGAGGACUUUGUUGAGGUUAUUAAGAAGAUCGAGCCCCGUGGUAUUGAUGUUACUAUCGACCCUGUUGGACCUUCUUACUUCGCUAAGAAUAUUGCUGUUGCCGGCUUGGAUGGUACCAUAGUUAUCAUUGGUGCUAUGAGUGGUAAUGUGUUCAAGGAUGAGGUUGAUAUCCGUCUCAUUCUCGGCAAGCGUCUUUCCAUUGUCGGUUCCACUUUACGUUCUAGAACCUUGGACUACCAACAACAACUCCGUGACUUCCUUGCUCAAGUUUUGCUUCCUAAGAUUGUUUCCAAGGAGGUUACUCAUUCUACUGAGAAAGUCUUCGAAUUCAACCAGAUUGUCGAGGCCCACAAGGUUAUGGAGAGCAACAAGACCAUGGGUAAGCUUAUUGUUAAGACCAACUAA